AGGAUGUGACUGUAAAUGCCUUUUUAAAAUCUCUAAUAUGCUAUUUGUAUAGGGAGAUACAUGGGGACAUUUAUAGAAGUAUAUGUUAUCCGUUCUGGAACAUCAAAUGUUAAAGAGACAGGUUAAUCAAGAAUAAGUUAAUCAAGAAUGAUGAUGUAGAUGUACUGACAAUUGAAUCACAAGUUUGAUGUACUCUCUAUUAUUUUUCCAGGUAUAUGAAUUAUGUUUCCACUAUGAUGUUGAGAUGAAUACACUUUCCACUUAUGUCCUUAUUAAAGAAUAUCCUUAAUUUCCAAACUGUACUUGGAGUUCUAGCCAAUAUAUUUCUGCUUUUUUUCUACACUGUCAUAAUCCUAGUUCAUAGAUUUAAGCCCAUAGACCUGAUGUCCUGUCAACUGACCUUCAUCCACAUAGUGAUGGUCCUCACUGGAGGGGACCUUUGGCUUACAGACGUAUUUGAGUCACUGAACCUUGAGAAUGACUUCAAAUGUAAGGCAACUUUUUACAUAAGCAGGGUGAUGAGAGGCCUCUCUAUCUGCAUCACCUGCCUCCUGAGUGUGUUCCAGGCUGUCACUAUCAGUUCCAACACAUCAUUGCUGGCAAAAUUUAAACAUAAACUAACGACAUACACAACCAAUGAUUUCUACUACAUUUGGUCUCUCAAUUUGUCUAUCAGUAGUAGCUGUAUCUUUUAUGUUGGUGGUUUUACCAAUGUGAGUGAGAGCAACCAGAUGCAGGUCACCAAAUAUUGCUCAAUCUUCCCCGUGAACUACAUCAUCAGGGCACUGUUUUUAACAGUGACAAUCUCCAGAGAUGUCUUUCUUGUAGGAGUUAUGUUGACCACAAGUGCAUACAUGGUGAUUAUCUUGUUCAGACAUCAGAGACAAUGUAAGCAUCUUCACAGCAUCAGCCACCCGAGAACAUCCCCUGAGAAGAGGGCCACUCAGACUAUCUUGCUACUGGUGGUUGUCUUUGUGGUCAUGUACUGGGUGGACUUCAUCAUCUCAUCCACCUCAGUCCUGUUAUGGAUGUACAAUCCAGUCAUCCUGACUGUUCAGAAGUUUGUGAUGAAUGCCUAUCCUACAAUUACUCCUUUAGUACAAAUCAGUUCUGAUAACAGAAUAAUCAAUAUGAUGAAAAACUUGUGGUCAAUGUGCCACCCAAUUUCUUAAAAAGGGCAAUUUUUCUCUUUCUUUCAAAAAACAAGAACACUUAGUUCCUAUUCUUCAGAAGCCAUUCACCUCGUGUUUUGAUAGAACAUCUCUCAGUGUCCUAGUUCUUACCAAGUAUGCCAAGAUGAUAGUUAAGUGCAUGAGCGUUUUGCCAGCAUGUAUGUAUGUGUGCAUUCCUGGUUCCCACAGAGGUCUGAAGUGGAACUGGAGUUACAGAUGGUUGUAAGGAGUCUUGCUGGUCAUUUGCAAUUAUAUAUUUUUUUUUAUUAAAAAAGAUAUUUUUUUAAACUGUUUAAUAGUUCAAGUUGCAAAGUAAGAUUAUUCAUUUGACCCAAAUAAAAUUUGUGGUAUAACAUAUAUACGUUCUUUUAUGUUUCUGCUGCCAAAUAGUAUAGAGUCCUUUAAGUUCAUAGUACAGCAUAAGUUGAUAUUUUGACAGGAAUUCCCUUAUGAUCUCCUUUAUUUUAUGUCAUAAAUGUU